AUGGCCAGCGGUCACAGACCUCCAAUAGCUCGUCCUUCUUCAAGAGCAGGAAUAGGGCUGACCACAAGGCCUACCUCUUCAUCACGGACUCCAUCAGCAACCAGAAUAGGAACAGGGAUGCCUCCUAGUACAUCAAGACCCGGUUCUCGUGGUGGUUCUUCAACUACUGGAGGAGUCUUAUCAUCUCAGAUUAAAGUUGCAGACCGUCCAGUGACUCAACAGGGAUUAAGUGGAAUGAAAACUGCAAUGAAAGGUCCUCAGAGACAGAUAAUGGAUAAAACAUAUUACCUUGGGCUGCUGAGAGGCAAAACAAAUGAACUCACAACAGAAAUUAAUAAGCUGCAGGAAGAAGUAGAAAUGUACAAGCAAGAGAAAUCUGUGUAUUUGUCAUAUGAAAAAAGGGCAGAGGCUUUAGCUGGUGAAAUCAAAGAAUUUCAAGGUCAGCUAGCAGACUACAACAUGGUUGUGGAUAUACUUAACACCAAUACGGAUAUGGCAGAAGUGAUUCGAGAUUACAAUAUGUUAAAGGUUCAGAAUGACCGAGAUGCUCAGAGUGUGGAUAAAAUUUUCACAGAAAGACAAGCCACGGAAAAGUUAAUUCAAGCUGUAGAAGAAGAUAUUGAACGUGAAAAGGUUGUAGCAGAUGACAUUAUAAAGGACAUGUCACAGGAAGAUCAAGCUAAAUAUAUGGAGAUGAAGGCGGCAAACGAAAAACUCUCCCAGGAACUGGUUGUUCAGCAGCAGGAAUUGGACGCACUAAAUGUAAAGGAGGAGACUCUAAGAGCUGAAAUAGCACACUCCCAGGUGAAACAGGAGGCUGUGCAGCUGUAUGAAAAGCUCCAUGAGCUGGAGGAAUGUCGGGAUCAAAUGAUUGCUGAGGAUAAGAACAUGGAAUCUCCACAGGAGGAAAGAGAGAGAUUACUAAAGCAGGUUAAAGAUGAUAGUCAAGAAAUAGCAAGCAUGGAAAGACAGUUGGCAGAAGUAAAAGAAAAAACAAACCAUUUCAAAAAGGUCAUUCAACGACUUGAUAUGGAUCUGGAGAAUCAUCAAGGAGAGGAGAAUUGGAAAUACAAGGAGCUAAAGAAGAGGGAAGAAAGCAUGGACAAUUUUCUUGAGACUUUUGAAGAGGUGAAGAAUCAGGAAUUGGAACGAAAGGCCCAAAUAGAAGCCAGCAUUGUUGCACUCCUGGAGCACUCAAGCAGGAAUGUGAAUCGUAUGAAACAAAUUUCAUCUGUUACCAAUCAAGAACUGAAGAUUAUGCAGGAAGACCUCACUUUCAAAUCAAAUGAAAUGCAGAAAUCACAGAGCACUGCUAAGAAUCUGAUUACAGAGAGUCAAAAACUGCAGAUGGACCUACAGAAGAUGGAACUCUUGGAGGGCAAGAUGGUGGAUGAACUGUCUUCUCUUAAAGACAAAAUUGAACAAACAAAAAUGGAGUUGGAGGUCUAUAAUAAUUUGCCAGCUCUGAAAGCAUCAGGAGAAGAAAAGAAAAAGAGACUCCAGGAUGACAAAGAAAAAUUAACAAAACGUAGCCAUGCUUUCAAGAAAAUAAUGGAACACUUGAAUAUGAAGUAUGAGACCCUAAAAAGAGAGCUGCAAGAGAAUGAGACGCAUUCUCAGCUUACAAAUUUGGAGAGGAAGUGGCAGCACCAUGAGCAAAAUAACUUUAUGAUGAAGGAAUUCAUAGCAACAAAAAGUCAGGAGAGUGACUACCAGCCAAUAAUGAAGAACGUGAGAAAGCUGGUCACAGAAUACAACAAAGCUCUCAUAGAAGCUUUACAGAACACCAAGAACUGAACCCAGGCACUUCCUUCCUGCCCCAAUGGACCAACAAUGAGGAUGUGCACAGGCAGCAUGGAAAACUGAACUACUGAUCUUAUUCACUUACCGCUACAGUGACAGAUAUUCUUAAAAGUAUGUUUCCAGGUUUUUAGAAAUCACAGGUUUUAAUAAUAUACCUCCUUUUGCAACAUUUAAAAAUUUUAGAAAUAAACUUCUGAGUUUUAGAAACUUGUAGAAAUAAAAAGGAAAUACUGCACAAUGAGUGUAAAAAUCAUCAGAACAUUUUGCUGGUGUCCAUUGCUGGUUUGCAUCUCAAAAGUGAAACUUCAGUCUGCUUUACACAAUGAAUCUCUAAUUGUCUU